ACAACUCGACAAAACUACGUGGCUGUGGGCUUUUCAUUUAAUUGUUGCGGCAAAUAAAAACAAACGCUUAUCGCGAAUAUGCAAAAGACUUUAGGCAAAUUUCUGUUAACCGUAGUCGGUCUAGUGCUCCUCACAAGCGCCACUCAAGCCUUCAUCGUCAGCGUGGAUGCACACAACGAGGAGUGCUUCUUUGAAAAUGUCGAAGGCGGCAGCAAGUUCGGUGUUACCUAUGAAGUAAUUGAGGGCGGCUUCCUGGAUGUGGAUAUUCGAAUUACAGGACCAGAAAACCACGAGAUGCACAAAAGCGAGAAGGAAUCUUCUGGCAAAUACGCUUUCGUGGCACCCACCAAGGGCGUCUAUACCGUCUGCUUUAAUAACGAGCGCAGCAGCAUGACUCCCAAGCUGGUCAUGUUCUCAAUUGAUGUGGGGGACGCGCCUCAGCGUGCUCCCGGCGCUCCUGGCGAGGAGGAAGUAGGACACACCAAACUUGAGGACAUGAUACGUGAGCUUUCAGGCACACUGACCAGUGUCAAGCACGAACAGGAAUAUAUGCAUGUGCGCGACAAGAUCCAUCGCUCUGUGAAUGAAAGCACCAACUCACGUGUCGUCUUGUGGUCCACAUUUGAGGCGCUCGUACUCGUACUGAUGACUGUGGGUCAGGUUUAUUAUCUGAAGCGUUUCUUCGAAGUCAAGCGCGUUGUGUAACUUGUGUAACAGACACGUCCUCCAUGUGCGUCUCUCAGCCUAAUUUAAACGAGUAAUUAAAUUCUUUUUUUGUAAUUAGUAACUUUAA